AUGUCUGAAUACUAUGAGGAUGAUGCAUAUGUUUACGAGGAUGAUGACGAUGACGCCCCAAUCACUGCGGAAGAUUCCUGGACAGUGAUUUCUGCGUUCUUCCGUGAGAAGGGUUUGGUGUCGCAACAGUUGGAUUCUUUCAAUCAGUUUAUCAACUAUACUAUACAGGAUCUGAUUUUGGAGGAUAGCACUUUAAUUUUGGAGCAAUUGGCGCAACAUACGACGGAAUCGGAUAAUAUCAGUAGGAAAUAUGAAAUAUCAUUUGGGAAGAUUUAUUUGGCCAAGCCGUCAAUGACGGAGUCUGAUGGUGUUUCGCAUGCUAUGUACCCACAGGAAGCUCGGUUGAGGAAUCUUACAUAUGCUUCGGGGCUUUUUGUCGAAAUCAAAAAGAGGACGUACGAGGCGGUAGAUGUUCCAGGACGAGACUUGAAGUACGAGAUUAUUCAAGAGGAGAGUGAGGACUCCGAGGAGGGUAAGAUUUUUAUUGGAAGAGUGCCUAUCAUGUUGCGUUCGAAGUAUUGUCUGCUCGAUGACCUGUCGGAGUCAGACUUGUACCGGUUGAAGGAGUGCCCCUUUGAUAUGGGUGGAUACUUUAUUAUUAAUGGAUCGGAGAAAGUGUUAAUUGCGCAGGAACGUUCUGCCGGUAAUAUUGUACAAGUUUUCAAGAAGUCUGCUCCUUCUCCGAUUUCCCAUGUUGCAGAAAUUAGGUCGGCAUUGGAAAAGGGUUCUCGCUUCAUUAGCACUUUACAGGUCAAGUUGUAUGGUCGUGAAGGCAGUACCUCUCGUACCAUUAAGGCCACUCUGCCCUAUAUUAAGCAGGAUGUUCCGAUUGUUAUAAUUUUCAGAGCUUUGGGCAUCAUUCCCGAUGGUGAAAUCUUGGAACAUAUCUGCUAUGAUCAAAAUGACUGGCAGAUGUUGGAAAUGUUAAAGCCAUGUGUGGAAGAGGGUUUUGUUAUUCAAGAUAGAGAAACAGCAUUAGACUUCAUUGGUCGUCGUGGUACAGCUUUGGGUAUUAAGAAGGAAAAGAGAAUUCAGUAUGCAAAGGAUAUCCUACAGAAAGAAUUUUUACCGCACAUCACGCAGCUGGAAGGGUUCGAAAGUAGGAAGGCGUUUUUCCUUGGCUAUAUGAUUAAUAGAUUACUACUUUGUGCUUUAGAUCGUAAGGACCAGGAUGAUCGUGACCACUUUGGAAAGAAAAGAUUGGAUUUGGCUGGCCCAUUGUUAGCUCAACUUUUUAAGACCUUAUUCAGAAAACUGACUAGGGAUAUUCUACGUUUCAUGCAAAGAUCUGUGGAAGAAGCUAAGGAUUUCAACUUAAAACUUGCAGUGAAGGCAACCACUAUUACUGCAGGUUUGAAAUACGCUUUGGCUACAGGUAAUUGGGGUGAGCAGAAGAAAGCAAUGUCAUCUAGAGCAGGUGUUUCUCAAGUUUUAAAUCGUUACACAUAUUCCUCCACCUUGUCCCAUUUGAGAAGAACGAACACGCCUAUUGGUCGUGAUGGUAAGCUAGCAAAACCUCGUCAAUUACACAACACACAUUGGGGCUUGGUCUGCCCAGCUGAAACGCCUGAAGGCCAGGCCUGUGGAUUGGUGAAAAAUUUAUCUUUGAUGUCUUGCAUUUCUGUCGGCACAGAUCCAGUUCCUAUUAUCACGUUCUUGAAUGAGUGGGGUAUGGAACCGUUGGAAGAUUAUGUUCCGCACCAAUCACCUGAUGCUACAAGAGUUUUUGUGAAUGGUGUCUGGCAUGGUAUCCAUAGAAAUCCUGCCAGGCUGGUUGAUACCAUAAGAAAAUUAAGAAGAAAGGGCGAUAUCACUGCUGAAGUCUCAAUUGUCAGAGAUAUUCGUGAAAAAGAAUUAAAGAUUUUUACUGAUGCUGGCAGAGUUUAUAGGCCCCUUUUCGUUGUUGCCGAAUCCCUACAUAAUGAUGGUCACAAAGAGUUGAAGGUUAGAAAGGGCCAUAUUAGAAAAUUAAUGUUAACAGAAUAUCAGGAUAUCGAAGGUGGUUUUGAGGAAGAAGAUAUAAAUUACACAUGGACUUCUUUGCUAAAUGAAGGUAUUGUUGAAUAUAUUGAUGCCGAGGAAGAAGAAACUAUUUUGAUUGCCAUGCAGCAGGAAGAUUUAGAUCCAAACGUACCACAGACGGCGGAUCCAAGCGAUGAACUAGAUCCCGCCAGGCGUAUAAAGGCAAUCCAUCAUUCUAACACAUUUACACACUGUGAAAUCCAUCCAUCCAUGAUAUUAGGUGUGGCUGCAUCUAUUAUUCCAUUUCCCGAUCAUAAUCAAUCGCCCCGUAAUACCUAUCAGUCUGCUAUGGGUAAACAAGCAAUGGGUGUGUUUUUGACUAAUUAUAAUGUCCGUAUGGAUACAAUGGCUAAUAUUCUAUACUAUCCACAAAAACCACUGGGUACCACUCGUGCAAUGGAGUAUCUAAAAUUCAGAGAGUUACCAGCAGGACAAAACGCUAUUGUUGCCAUUGCUUGUUAUUCCGGUUAUAACCAAGAAGAUUCUAUGAUCAUGAAUCAAUCUUCUAUCGACAGAGGGUUGUUUAGAUCCUUGUUCUUUAGAUCAUAUAUGGACCAAGAAAAGAGAAUUGGUAUGUCUAUUACUGAAUCUUUCGAAAAACCACAUCGUACAAACACUCUAAGAAUGAAGCACGGUACUUAUGAUAAACUUGAUGAUGACGGGUUGAUUGCACCUGGUGUAAGAGUUUCAGGUGAUGAUAUGAUCAUUGGUAAAACCACACCCAUUCCACCUGAUGCUGAAGAGCUUGGACAGAGGACUGCGUUCCACUCGAAACGCGAUGCAUCGACUCCUCUAAGAUCCACUGAAAACGGUAUCGUUGAUCAGGUCUUGAUUACUACUAAUCAAGAGGGCUUAAAAUUUGUUAAAGUUAGAGUUAGAACAACUAAGGUGCCUCAAAUUGGUGACAAAUUUGCAUCCCGCCAUGGUCAAAAAGGUACCAUUGGUAUUACCUAUCGUAGAGAAGAUAUGCCUUUCACUUCAGAGGGUGUAGUCCCCGAUUUAAUUAUCAAUCCGCAUGCUAUUCCAUCUCGUAUGACAGUCGCGCAUUUAAUCGAAUGUUUGUUAAGUAAAGUAGCGGCUCUUUCUGGUAACGAAGGUGAUGCCUCUCCAUUUACAGACAUUACUGUGGAUGGUAUAUCUAGGUUGCUUCGUGAACAUGGGUACCAGUCCCGUGGCUUUGAAGUGAUGUAUAAUGGGCACACCGGUAAGAAACUUAUGGCACAGAUUUUUUUUGGCCCUACUUACUACCAAAGAUUAAGACACAUGGUGGAUGACAAAAUCCAUGCUAGAGCUCGUGGCCCUAUGCAGGUAUUGACCAGACAACCUGUGGAAGGUAGGUCCAGGGAUGGUGGGUUAAGAUUUGGUGAAAUGGAACGUGACUGUAUGAUUGCACACGGUGCAGCUGCUUUCCUAAAGGAGAGGUUGAUGGAGGCCUCUGAUGCAUUCAGAGUACAUAUAUGUGGCAUCUGUGGUUUGAUGACUGUUGUGGCAAAAUUAAAACACAACCAAUUUGAAUGCCGUGGGUGCAAGAACAAGAUUGAUAUUUUCCAAGUUCAUAUUCCUUAUGCAGCGAAGUUACUCUUCCAAGAAUUGAUGGCAAUGAACAUCGCUCCUCGUCUAUACACGGAUCGUUCAAGGGAUUUUUAA